AUGUCCCAACGCGCUCUCCGAGUAUCAGACCGAUCUCGAGUUCAAACUCGCCCCCAAACCGAAUUGCUACUGGAGGCUCAGGCUCGUCGUACACCUCAGCACAGACAAGGCCCACUCGCCUGCCUCCCCGCCGAGCUCCUCUGCGAGAUCAUCCUCCACGCCAACUUGAUCCAUGAAGAGGGAACCACCGUUUUCGAAGUGAUGGACUACAUGAAAGUUUGUCGGCGGGUGUACCAGGUCCUCAAAAACUCUUCCGCACUCUGGACUCGAGUCUCCAUGUGCGUCAAAACUCGCGAGGACGUCGCGAUGCUAAGUAAGGGCAUCGAGUAUGCCGUCGAGAGGUCUAAAUCGCGUCCGUUGGCUUUCUCAAUUGGCUUUGAUGACGCGCUUGUGAAGGAGGAGGAUGUGGUCAGGGUUGCAGGAGAGGUCUUCAAGGUCGGUGAGAGGUGGGAGGAGAUAUCGGUUGGGUUCAGGUUGACGUGCGACGUGGCGCACAUCCAGACUUGGAUCUCCGAACUGUCGAGGCUGACUUCUCUCGCGGGCUCCAGUCCGUUCACCAACGUCCAAAGCGUCGCUCUAUUCCGAGAGGUCACCCGCAGCGUCGUCCACGACCCAGCGCUGUGGCCCCUCAAAGAUAUAUUCCCCAACGCCCAACUUAUCCAGCUAGAAGAUAUAGAGUUCCACUCUGCUCACCUGCUUCCAGCGCAGCUCGCCAUCCCAACGCUUGAGAUGCUGACUAUGACCGUUCACCGCUUGAGGGACGUGCACUCCGAGACGUCCUGGGUCGGGGAUGUCUUAACCCACGCUCCAGGAUUGAAAGAGCUUGACGUGUGCGUCGAGCUCGAUGUAACGCACCUCCCGCCUGGGCUGACAUCGCCGCCGAGUUCCAGCGCUCCCGUUGCCACUGGCAGUGGUAAUAGUAGUAUCGUGCCCGUCUCUGGUGGUGCGACGCCAAGGUCCUCAACGCCGUCCCCUCGCGUGCAUACAUCUCUGGAAUGUUUGUCUUUGGGCCAGGAUCGCAAAUGGACGGUAGAGGAGAUGCGGGGCUGGGUCUAUCCAGCACUUAAACGUCUCGAGCUGCUCCACCACCCUUUUCUCACCCUUGAAGACGGCGCUCCCGGCGCCGACAUCGAUAUCGUCGGCGAGAUACUCGCCAUGGUCCAGCUCUCCAAAUGCCGGCUGGAGUAUUUGGACUUGAGGUAUAUGGGUCUACCCAACGAGGAGCUAGUCCGUCUCCUAGUCGCACUUCCGGAUCUGAAAUGGGUCGAACUCUACGUGGCGGAGGAGGUCGACGAGAGCCUUUUCACUAUGUUGCGGGAGAGGUCGGCGGGUGACGAGCCUGUUCUCCCCCACCUGCAGUGUUUGGGUGUGAGGACGUGCAUGUGGCCUAUGCACGGUGCGAAACACACUUUUGAUACUCAGUCGUUUGUUGAUUUUGUUGAAGAUCCUAGGAGGAUGGGGGAUGGACCAUUUGCGAAGCUUCAGGGGGUGUGCUUGAUGUUUGAUGAAGAGGUUAAGUAUAGCCGGAGCUGA